AUGUCUUAUCAAAUGCAAACACUGCCUGGAAUCACCUUGCAUGGUGAACCCGAAAAGACUGGAGUCUACGAUCAGCAGGAGAUAGUAACGAUGAUAAGUCAAUAUUACGAAGUACUCGCCCAAAUGCUUUACUUCCCCUCAUCUUACAUCAAAUAUGCACCCCACGAUCCUCCGAUCGACGUGGAUCUCGCCAAGAGCUAUAAUCUCGAGCCGCAAGUCAUUGAACUUCUUCAAGCACUCCCAUAUGUUGAAGGCUAUUGCAAUGAAGAUGAGUUUAUUCUCGGUGGAAGUUUUGCCGACAUGAGGGAUCCGGAGGUGUUAAAGCAGAGUCGAGAUCCCGGUUUCUGCUCUCCUGAUGGAGGAUUUGAUGAUGAGAAUGGAGAGUAUGUAAGACCCUGGGAGCUCUGUAUCAAUGAAUGUGGAAAUGGCGGGCCGAUAAUGUAUCUUGAUACGAGAAAUGGUCACAUAACAGUAAUUGGCCAAGAAUCCAGCCGUUGCGAAGAUCCAGGUCUCUCUGGUUUUCCUGAACGUUCUGAAGGCCCUAACCGCAAUUCGCACGCUCACUUACCCAGCCGCCAUGCUAAGGAAUUCUUUGAAUACUGCAGAAAUGGGCUCCUGAAACUCCAAUGGAUCCCGAGCUCUGAGGACCGUAAAAUGGUCUAUGAAUCAGAUGAAGAGUAUGGGGAUUUAAAACGUCUCUUUCGCACCUACGGCUGGCCCCACAACUUUAACUCCGCUGGUUUUGACUCUGCCUACACACGCUGGCGCGAAUUUAUAGAUGUUAAACAAAUCGCCGCAUACUGUGCCAAGGAUAGAGCAAAUGUCAUGCUAGAAAAAGCUAUUGCUGGACACGGAGGCUGGGAAGGGGAAAGAGCAGAAAUGGUUAAGGCGUGGAAGAAACAUUUUGAGGAUUCCAUUGAGAGGGAAGAGAAAGAUCUGAAGUGGCGGAAGGAGGAGGGGAAGAAUUUUUGUAAGCAGGAGGAGGUCCGGAAGAUAGAAGAGGAGAUAAAAGAUCUGAAGGAGGGAUUGAUGAAUGUGGAUAGACAGCCGAUGACGGCGGAAAAGGCUGUUAGACCUUUGUAG